AUGGCUAAAUCUGGCACAUAUACCCCACAGUUUCAUUCAGUUGCAGGCUCUUCAGAAGGCCAUUUCGGCGCUUCGUUCGAUUACUCGGGGCUGCCGUACUCGGUGGGAGACCAUUCUGUUGUCAACGACUACAACAACAACAACGGCUAUGCACCUUGCGCUGUAACCAACACUCGCGCACAGGGACCACCAGCUGCAGGCCUGCCAAACAAGCACAUCGCUGCUCCUUUCGAGUGGUCUGAUCACUUGCGCGUUGUUGAGAAUCCCUUCUCCGACCAGCCUCACGUCUUCGGUACGGGUCCGGUCGACCUUCUAAGCCCAGCGCUUGCAGACUCCUGGAAUAACGACAUUCCUGCUGCUCAUUGGCAUAAUCCGGACCGGUCUCGCUAUCUCGAGCAACCUUUUGCUUCCAACGCCGCAUCCAUUGGCAACAACACCGUUCUCACGGGACCCACCUUUUACAAUAACGGACAGAUCGGAGCAGGAAACCCGUUCCCCAUUCCCGCGUCCAAUAUCAAUCUCGUUCCUUUCGACAUUGGACCGCCAAUUCCGCCGCGUCCAAUGUGCAGAGAAUGCCAUCAGACCUUCGGUCGUCAGUCCGACCUAGAGCGCCACGCCAAGAUCCACCAAGCUGGUUCCAAAGUCUUCCAGUGUCAUGUCCAGGAUUGCAGUUACAGCAGCUCUAGGAAAGACAAGCUUGGCGAGCAUGUCAGACGUCGCCACGCCUCAGCGGGAGCCGCUUGA